GUCGGAGGGGGAUAUUUAACUUGGGACUGAGCACCACUCGCUACAGACACACUCACACACAGUGUGCCUAAGCAAAGAAAUGCUCCAGCGCCAAGUCUCUCAGACUCCUGAAGUAGGAGCGACUCAGUAGGAGCUUCUGUACCAGUUAUCAAAGGAGUGGAGACGCUCCCUCAGGAUUUGACCGCUUGCACCGACCGGGCAAAGAGAGAGAGAAAAAAAACUGAAAGAAAGAAAAAAUCCAGAUUAUGGACUGACUCGUCAUGCAGCGACUCUGCGAUCUGGAGCUUUUCUGAGAGGAUUCGGCAAUGAGAGGAACUCUGAACUAACAGCGGCUUUUCUUGCAGUCUGCAUUUGACAUGCACUGAAGCCUCCCUUUCAUCGAUUCUCUCAUCACAUGCACAGCCAAGAGUUCAGUGGGAAUAUCACACGCUGAGACUUUAUUUUUACGCCAAAAAAACACUAAAAUUUGGAACAUCCACUGGAGAGAUAAAUGGCUGUUCUUUUAAGUUGAAGCUGCUCCGUGUGCGUUUUUUGGGGGGACAUUUUCAGGAAAAGUGCACAUAUCGACGGCUGGAAUACCGACUGCAGUGACUUUUCUCCACUCAGUUCAUGGACUGUGCGCACUGGGACCUUGUCAAACCUGAGAGCGUCAGGCGACGUUAAGAGAAACCACGUUUAUAAAAGCCGUGCGUAAAAAUAACAUUGGCCAAGGCAGCCCCUCAUUGCCGGGCGCGUGACAUUUAAAACUUGGUGAAGUGCUCUUUUGUGCGCCCUGCUCUCUCUCGGGACGCUACGGAUCUAUUCUGUCUCUUUAGAAAACACUUCAUUCCAUGCAAGCCCUCGCCUCGGCCGCUGUCAUCCAGUGUAGACAGUUUGUCGUGGCUUCGAGUCCCCGGGGUAACCAUGACAACCGAAAGAAACCCAAAGUGAAUCCAAGGAGCGGGGUGAGGCAGGAGAGAGCGUGAAUAGGUUCUCCCCAUUUUGUUUUGUGCUUCUUUUUUUUCUUUUUUCUUUUUUUUUUUUAGUUUAGACUUUCUGUAAAGCGGCAGAGGCUCCGCAGAGUUUGUUGCAUCAACGGGCAAAUUUGCAAAUUUGAAGGAGCCCUUAAAAAAAGCAAAGCUCCAUGUCAUUCAAACCCGACGUGGUCUAUUAAAAGUAUCGCCUUGCUGGUGACUGAACUUCUACUAUUUAUGAAGCCCCGGGCAGGUCACUGCAGAGAACACAGCAACCGGGAAAAGAACUGAAUAUUAUUUUUGCGCAGAGAAGAGCCGGUGCGUAAAAAUCAAAAGGCGGAAUAAUGGGCCUCUCACAGACGCUCCUCGUCUACGUGCUGCUGUGCGUCCACCUCGGAGUUUCCCAGCAUUUCCUUCGCCUCCGUCCGUCGCCCAGUGACCACCUUCCAGUGCCCGACCUGAAGGAGGACCCCGACCCGGAGUACGACCCCCGGGAGCAGGACCUGGCCGAGAGGACUCUGAGGAAAAAGCUCGGCAGCAACUUUGACCCCAACUACAUGUCCAUCAGCUCGCCCAUGCUGGUGAACGGUUCCACGCCAGACAACCAGGUGAAGCUGCAGGGGCCCAUGCCCAACGAGAUUAAAAAGCUGGACCUCACAGAGACCCCCUAUGGGAAGCGGGUAAAAGUGGGCAAGAAAGCCCGUAGGAAAUUUCUGCAGUGGCUGUGGACCUAUACGCACUGCCCGGUGGUGUACACCUGGAAGGAUUUGGGCGUGAGGUUCUGGCCACGUUACAUCAAGGAGGGGAACUGUUUCUCUGAGCGCUCUUGCUCCUUCCCCGAGGGGAUGUCUUGCAAACCCGUCAAGUCAAUCAACAAGAUUUUCCUGCGGUGGUAUUGUCAAGGCUUUCUAAGACAGAAAUACUGUACGUGGAUACAGGUGCAAUACCCAAUCAUCUCAGAGUGCAAGUGUUCGUGCUGAUUCUCUCUAAAGAAAGUUGGUCGACGGGGGAGUGGACUGGAAAUACGGUUUUCUAUUGCACUGUUAACUCUCUACAGAGGUGGGCACCAUAGCAAAUCUAUUUUUUUAUAUAGCAUUUUAAGUGAAAUACCAACAUUGUACAUAUUUAAGAAAAAUGCAGCUAUUUUUUCUAAUUGAACCAGGACCAUAUUUUAUUCUCAGCCCUGAAACGUUGCUUUUGGGGGGAAACACGAGCACUUCAAGAGGAAGAGCUCCUUUUUUUGAUAUUUUUUAUGAGACAUUGAAGAUGGAAUGCAUAUGCUACACUUCUCCAAGAGGUGAACUUUUUUUUUUCAACUGAACAUUGAUGCUGACUGUUAUUUCACUGCAAUGCUGCCUAGAGUUUUUGUAUAAUAUUAAUAUCAAUAAUAAUUAAAUUGUAAAAAAAAAAGUUGAGGUUAAAGAUAUAUAUAAAGGCGUGAACUCAGCUUUUUUGGAAUACAUAGUAUUGUAGGAAUAAACAAAUCUGUACGUUUUAUUUAUUAUUUUAACGAUUUGUGAGUAUAGAGCAUAAGGAAAGAGAAUAGCAGAGUAUACCAGAAAAAAAAAUAUGGGAGAUGUCUACUUGAAUAUUUCUAAAAAUGACAAAAAAAUAAAUAAAGGAUUAAAAAAAGUAAAACAUAUCAGUGUACAUGUUAUGGUUACACGUUUUAGCAAUAAAGUCUAUCUUUUCAACAUG